AUGGCGGCAUUGGUUGCUGCCUCUCUCACUCCUUUGGCGCUGCUGCGAAAUGGGCGGAAACAAGGUAACUUGGACUGGAGCACGUCCUGGUGGAUUACCAGGGAUUUGCUGAUUCGAGGUAUGGGACUUUGCUAUUUCUGUGGCUUCAUGGUCUCCGCGGUACAGCAUCGAGCCCUGUGGGGCUCACUUGGCUUGAUGCCCGUGACCAGGCACAGGCGGCGGCCUGCCCCCAUUUUCGAUCUUUUCGAUGAGUUGGGCCUCGGAUUCGGCGAUUGGCAGCUGGAGCUGGUGAGUUGGCUUGGCGUUGCUUUCUCCAUGCACCUCAUGCUUGGACAGAAACAAAGUUUGUUCGUGCCGCUAUUCCUGUGGGCCGCGUAUCUCUCCAUUGUGAACUUGCAGGCCGCUUUCACCUUCAACUAUGGCUGGGAAUGGCUCACGUGUGAGGUUGGCUUCCUGAUCAUCUUCCUCUGUCCUAUCUUGGACACUCGACUUGGCACAUGGACGCCUCCAUCCAGGCUGGUCCUCUGGCUGGUUAGAUGGUGUGCCUUCCGGCUACUCCUUGGCGCAGGAAUGUCGAAGGUCGGCCGCAACUCGAGCGCUUGCUGGCGCGAACUCAGCUGCACCGAGACGCACUACUUCACCCAGCCGAUUCCAAAUCCCUUAUCCUGGUAUAUGCAUCACUUGCCCAAGAGCUUUCACAAGAUAGAGGUUGCCCUGACCUUCGUUGAGCAGCUCGUGUUACCCUUCGCAAUGCUGGUGCCCAUGCGCAUUUUUCGAGUGCCGGCCGCUCUUCUUGAGGUGGCUUUCCAGAUUGGUAUUGUUGGCACAGGGAAUUACGCUUGGAUCAACUUCAUUGGGGCACUACCCUGCUUUGCGAUGCUGGAUGAUGGAUUCCUGCUUGGAGUGACGCCAUGGCCCUGGCGCCAGAAGCUGCAGCAAGCCGUGCAGGAGGCGAAUGAGCGCUCCGAUGUGGCCUCAGAACCGCGACUGACCCGACGCACGUUUCGUCGCAGCUACCUGAGUUUGCGGUCUUUGGUCAAUCUAGUUCUGGUCAUGGUCAUGGUGUACAAGUCCAAGGAUCCCAUUAAGGAGCUGUUUGGUCCUGCACCCUGGAUCAACAGCUACGACAAUUGGUUCCUAAUGAACUCCCAGGGCGUUUUCGGAUUCAUCAAUAAGCACCGGGUUCAAGUUGUGUUGAAGUACACGCAUCAUCCUGUGCCUGGAGGUCCUGAAGCCGUUUGGAAACCCUUGGACUUCAAGUGCCUUCCAGGAUCUCCUGACCGAAGGCCAUGCCUGAUGUCACCUUACCAUUACCGCCUGGACUGGGAGACGUGGAUUCGAGUCACGGCCUCCUUGGAGCAGCUCUGGAGCCAGAAGGCGCCGGCAGAUGCUUACCACCAGCACCUCCCAGAAUUUCUCCAGGUGCUGGUCAUAAAGAUCUUGAACGGAGACGAUGAUGCUGCAGGUCUAUUAGGUGUUCCCAUGCAGGAGCUGUUUCAAGAUGGAUUACCGCCGACAGCAAUUUCUAUUGAUUUCGCGUCCUACACCUUCACUACCCGCGACAACCACACGAAGUGGUGGCGUGUCAAAGCUGUGGGGCCCGACUCGCUGAGAGCCUACGGCCAGGGUAGUGCGCCAAAGCUCCGCGAGGACGAGGUACGCAAGUCGCCGCGCUGGCGUCAUUGGAUUUUGGGAAUUAGCAUCGUAUCGUCUGUGCUGCUCCUGGAGCUGGGCGCGCUUCAAGGCGUCGCAAGCGGCUGGAAUUUGCUCCUCGCCUCUGCAGCCUUUCUGCUCAUCUUUGUGGUGGUUCUGGCUUCAGAUUAUCCGCCAGCUUUUACAGCACUCUGCGCUUCCCUACCAUUGCAGCAACUCCUGGUUAUUAGUGUGCCGGACGUGGCAUCAAGCCAAAGACUUGCUUAUGCUCUCGCCUCCGGCAUGUCAUUGAGUGCUGCCGGCAUCAACGUUGGCCUCUCCUGGCACCGUCGCCAUGCACGGCUUGCAGCUUUGGUGCUACUUGUGGUUGCCUGGAUCUCCACCAGGAUCGAUGUUCCUGCUCUCACGUGA